GGCUCGUCUAAAGCUUGACGUGGCAUCAUCGGUAGCGCAGCUAGCGCUUCGAAGUCUCCGCCUUUAUCGGUCCAGCGCGGCGUAAAGUCUCUUUUAUGGGUUUCAUCCCUCAUUAAUACAGCGCACCAAACAUGUUUACGCUCUCGGAACUCGUCGUGCUCCUCGGCGCGCUGUCUUACACGGCGAGCGGCUAUUUCGUUAGCAUCGACGCUCACGCGGAGGAGUGUUUCUAUGAGAACGUCAACUCGGGCACGAAAAUGGGCCUGAUGUUUGAGGUCGCCGAGGGAGGAUUUCUGGACAUCGACGUGGAGAUAACCGGUCCGGACGGGAAGCAGAUCUAUAAAGGAGACCGCGAGUCCAGCGGCAAGUAUUCUGUAGCCGCCCAUAUGGACGGAACCUACAAGUUCUGCUUCAGCAACAAGAUGUCCACCAUGACCCCUAAGAUCGUGAUGUUCACCAUCGACAUCGGGGAGGCACCCAAAGGACAGGACAUGGAGACCGAGGGAGGCGGGGACAGCUGGGAUGCUCAUCAGAAUAAGCUGGAGGAGAUGAUCAACGAGCUGGCGGUUGCCAUGACGGCGGUCAAACAUGAGCAGGAAUACAUGGAGGUCCGAGAGAGAAUACACCGCGCAAUCAAUGACAACACGAACAGCAGGGUGGUGCUGUGGUCCUUCUUUGAGGCUCUGGUGCUGGUGGCCAUGACCCUCGGACAGAUUUACUACCUGAAGAGAUUCUUUGAAGUGCGGAGAGUCGUAUAAAAAUCCUGUCUGUGUUCCACAACAUAAACACAUCGAGUCUGUGAUUUAACAGUUAUACGAAUUGGAUGUCCAAUUCAGCAGAGAUGGGAAGAACGUGGUUGUUCGCUAGUCCACCAAUCUGUGUUUUAGUUUUCAUUUGCCCCAGCUGUAGAUCUCUUCAUUGUUUGUUUGGUAAAGGGUGCGAUUUUGAAUUGUUAAUUCGUUGAGUUUGUUUAAGCCCCGACUUUAUUGAACAGUCUUCUUUUUAUUUUUUUGCUCGGUGUUUCUUUUUCAAUACUGUUACGAUUGCACAAUACUAUGAGAAUGAUGUAAAGGUGAUGAUGUGGUAUUGCCCCAAUACAAGAACAUGGUUUAGGAUUGUAUGGAAUAAAUCCAUAGGAUGAACAAUGUUGUGAGUGGAUGUGAAGUCAGCGGUCGUCAGGAGCACAUUUCAUGUCAUUUUCACUGCUCAUUAUCACAUUUAGUUAUUCUAACAACCUCCAUGGCACAUAUUUAAACCUGAUGCUGGUAAAUUGACUGCUUAGUUACUUUUGCAGAUUUUCUGGUGUGUUUUUGAAAUGUUUAAUUUCAGUUUCUUUUCUUUCUCUAUCUCCAGUCUCUUCACACGGGAGAAACUCUGUAGUUUUGUACCAUUUUUGUUGUCUAAACCAACUCUUUCAUUAAAGAAUCUGGCUAAGGCUACUGGUGAACUGAUGAUAAAACUCUAAACCUCUGAAGUUCAAUGAAUAUGUGUGUCAAAUAUGGAUUUGAUUUAAUAAACAUGAAACGUGUUCUUAAAA